CAUCUCUUCAUCUACACAUUUUGCACAAGUUCAUCAAGCCUUGUUGUCUUCUUCUCUUUUAGCAAUGGCCGAAAUUCGUGAUCGCAACCAGCCUCACCAGGUUCAAGUUCACCCACAGUACCGUUACGACAACCCGGCCGGAGUCGGUUACGGUGGUGGUGGGAAGAACUAUCACGGUAGCGGACCAUCCGCAACCCAAAUUCUAUCGGUCCUCACGCUUCUGCCCGUCGGUGGCACACUGCUUGCGUUAUCGGGGUUGACGUUAGCCGGCACCGUCAUCGGGCUACUAGUAGCGACACCGGUCUUCCUCCUGUUCAGCCCGAUUCUGGUCCCCGCCGUCAUAGCCAUUUCCAUGGCGGUGGCGGGGUUCUUGUCGUCCGGGGCAUUCGGGUUGACGGGGUUAUCGUCGUUGAAUUACGUGUUGAAUCGGGUGAGGUAUGCGACGGGGACGGAGCAGAUGGACUUGGAGGAGGCACGGAGGAGGAUGCAGGAGCGGGUGCAGGAUAUGGCGGGGUACGUGGGGGCAAAGACCAAGGAAGUGGGGCAGAAGAUCGAGAGUAAGGCACACGAGGGACAGGUUACGACCGCUAGGACAUGAAGCUGAACAA